AUGGAGUGUUUUACCCCAAUCCCAUCUUCCUUUUCUUCUUCUUGGUCCUCACAUACCUGGUUUUCUCCUCCUUCUCUUGGAGUGAAAAGUAACAGUAAACUUAUUAGUUUGAGUAGAAAAUGUAGAAGUUCUAACAAAGUUGGAAGUAGGUGUAUGAGUAUGGGUCAAACAGCAAAUGAAAACUCUGGUUUUUCUUAUAAGAAGUUGAUGCAUUUUGCUUUAGAAGAAACUAAUCCACAUACCUCUUUGGUCCCUUCUCCAUUGCAGGAGAAAUACAGUUCUUUGUUGGCCAUGGAUGACAAAACGGAGCUACAAAUGCUUUCUUUUGAAGCCCCUAAAGUUCGACUCCUUCGCAGUCUAGGUAUAGAAGGGAGCGACGGCAUGCAGGUAUUGGAUUUUGCUGCCUUCCCAAAACCGGAAUUUGAUCUGCCUAUCUUCUGUGCCAAUUUUUUCACUGCUGCGAAGAUGAACAUAAUUGUACUGGACCUCAACCCAUUGCAUGACAUCAUGGAUCAAAAAGAUUACAAGGAGAAGUACUAUAAAGACUUGAUUCCUCUAGGUCUCAAGUAUUCUGAGCUUUUACCCUGGGGAGGGAAGCUCACCAGCGAGUCUCUGAGAUUUUUUUCACCAAUAGUCAUAUGGACAAGAUUCGCAUCUAGUCCACACAACCAUUCAGUUCUGUUUUCUGCAUUCAAGGAAUAUUACCAGGCAUGGCUUGAGCUAAUGGACAGAUCAGAAGAGGAGAGGGAUGCCUCUCAAAUCGCUCACAAUUGUGAAGCUCAACAUAGAUACUUGACAUGGAGAGCAGAAAAAGAUCCAGGACAUGGACUUUUGAAAAGACUGAUAGGGGAAGAUCUUGCCAAGGAUGUGAUUAGGGAAUUCCUAUUCAACGGUGUUAAUGAACUUGGGAGCAAAACAUUUCUUGAUUACUUUCCAGAGUACAGAUGUGAAGAUGGUAGAGUAAAUGAAAAGCGCAGUAUGCUUGGAAAAUCAUUCGAAAAUCGACCAUGGGAUGCAAGAGGAGAAUUCAUAGGUAAUGGAGUUGAGAUAGUCUGAUGUAAUUUUUAUUUUUUUUAUUUUUUUUAUUUUUGCAUCGUCUUUGUCAGUUAGCCGAUGCCAACUUGUUUGCGAUUUAUUAGUAGCAGCUACAGUUGUGGUAGUUCUAGUAGUAGUAUUAGGCUCCUCUGUCAAUAUCAGUCUUGACAGUUGGAUGAAUGAGGAAAAUUCUUAGGUGAUGGGUUGGAUCAAUAUACCCCGUGUAAUACCACAAAUGGGGUUUGGAGAGGGUGGGUGUGUAAGCAGGCCUUAACCCUACCUUUUGAAAGGUAGAGAGGCUGUUCCCGAUACCUAAUGUAAUCUGUUGUAAUUUUCACAAGUUCUCUUUAUUCUUCUUUAUUCAAUAUCUGUCAAUUCAAGAUUUCA